UGACUGUGAAAACAUGUUGCUUCCAUUUCUACCUAUUGGACUCGGGAUCGGCAACAAGAAAAGUAGCUACACGCAAGGAGCCUUUUUCUUGGAGCCGAGUAGUUUCCUCCAAAUCUUGUUUAGCCUGGAUUGAUACCAUGACAACGACUCCGGAGAAUCCGCCAGUCCCACGAACAGAAGCGCAGAAAGAUUCAGUGAUCUUUGCUACACCCGAGAUUGUUGAGGAUCCGCACCGGAACGAUCCUGUACUGCAUAUCGCCAGCGAUAGCAAGCCUAAGACAACCAAAACGAAUGUCACUCAGAAUGCGGAAGAAAAUUUAACAGCUACAACCGGUGGUGAAGGUAAAGGAUUCUCGGCAAGGUGGACCGGUGCCAUCAAUACUAUUCACGGUCCCAUAAUGAAAGGCUUGCUCUGGACGAGCGGAACUGCGGCGCGCAAUCCCCGCAAAACGGUGGCCGGCGUAACGUUCUUGUCGUUCUUCCUUUUGAUUGUAGGAUUUUUGACUAAUUUUUCGGUCGACGUGGAUGAAGACGUCCUGUGGACCCCAGAAAAUGCUCGUCCCGUGAAACAAGGCGCCUGGAUAUCGACUGCAGGCUACCCGGAAGAAAAUCGGGAUAUGCUACUCUUUUUCCACGCCAAUACAGAGAAUGUCCUUGGGCAAGCGCAGACUCGCAAAGUAUUUACUGCACUCGAUACGGUUCGCAACUUGCCCGGCUAUAGAGCCUUGUGCGCCCAAAGUAGCUACGUGGAUCCACGAACGGGACAGCGCACGUGUGAAAUUUCCGGAGCGACUGCGUUCUGGAACGACACAGCUGCCCUCUUUGAAUCCCAAGUUGACAAUGAUAACGAUGCGAUUCAACAACUGUCAGCGCCGGUCUAUCCCGAUGGCACGCCCGUUUCGGACAAUGAUAUUUUUGGGAAACCACUUCGUAACGAAGUAUCAAGGACGUUGGAGUCAGCUCAAGCCUAUGUUCUUGUCAUAGGACUGCCUGACACAGAGGAAACGGAGGACUUUGAACUGGAAGCGCUUGACGCGAUCCUCGACCUGCGGAAUAACAUCUGGAAUGGAAAUGAAUUCAAUGUGGAAGUGACCACCCAACGAUCUUUUCCCGACGAAUUCACUCGAGGUAUCGUGCGGGACAUUCCACUUGUACCAACUGUCUUUAUCAUCAUGUCGAUUUUUACCUGUAUUGUUUUUGCCAAGAGGGACAAAGUCCGUUCACGCAGCUUGCUGGGGCUCAGCGCGACAAUUUGUGUCCUAUUGAGCAUAAUGAGUGGUUACGGGCUUUUGUUCAUAGCCGGUGUCCCGUUCACAAGCAUGACCCAGAUUCUUCCCUUUAUUAUUUUCGGCAUUGGUCUGGACGAUGCUUUCAUUGUAUCGGGUGCCUACGAACGUACGGAUCCAGCCAAGAAUCCCGUGGACCGGAUUGAGGCAACCAUUGAAGAUGUUGGAGCCAGCAUUACGUUGACAACAAUUACUUCGACUUUUGCCUUUGGUCUCGGUGCAAGCUCGGACGUUCCUUCAGUGUACUGGCUAUGCUACUACGCGUUCCCUACUGUUAUGCUGGUGUUUCUCUACCAAAUUACGUUUUUUGUAGCAACUAUUGUGUUGGACGAAGAGCGGAUUUGUGCCAACCGUCGAGAUUGCUGCAUCUGGGUGACCGUUCAAAAACGAGAAGGUACGGACGAGGAUGUUGUUUCAGAUGUCUCUCAUACUGAUAUUGCGGAAACUGUCAACGACACGCGAGUAUCUCCUGUAGAUUAUUGGAUGGGGGUGUACUCUCGCCAACUUCUACGUCCUGCCGUAAAGGUUUUUGUGGUGCUUUUCUUUUGUGGUCUUCUCGGUGCGUGUGCCUACAGUGCCACCAAGUUGACGCAGGAAUUCAAGUUUACUGAGGUUCUUCCCGAUGAUUCGUACUUGUCCGCCUUUCAGUUUGCCUUUGACGACAAUACGUUUCGUUCCGCCGUCGCCCCUUACGCUUACUUUCGAUUCGUCGAUCAGAGCGAUCCAAUGAUUCAGGCACAAAUGGAAAGCUACGUCAACGAACUCGUGUCAAUUUCAGCUAUCGAAGAACAGCCCAGCUUCUUUUGGCUCCGUGACUUUCAACAGUACAGAAAUGAGACUGGACUUACCAACACCAACAAUACAAUGUUUGCUAGCCAAGUACAGUCGUUUCUCUCCACGGACGUUUUCGCAGCGCUCUACCAAGAUGACAUCGUCCUGGACGAUACCGGCAACAUUGUGACUUCUCGAGUUCGCCUUAAUAUGGACAAUGUUGAUCUAGAAGACGUCAACGAACAAAUAAAGGCCCUCGACGAUCAAGCCGCGGUAACGGCGGCCCAGCCUGUAAACCAGCAAGGCGCUGAUUGGUCGUUCUUUUCCUACGACAGUAUCUUUAACAUUUGGGAGUUUUACGCCGCAUCGGUCGAUGAAGUUAUAUUUACGACGGUGAUGGGCAUUUCGGCCGUCACUGUGCUGACUCUUUUAUUUGUUCCGCACUGGACAGCCGCACUGUUCAUCUUACCCAUUAUUUGCGUCCUGUACAUAGAUUUGUUGGGAGUGAUGCAAUGGGCUGGCGUCCACAUCAACGCCGUGAGUUACAUUACCUUGGUCAUGUCGAUUGGAUUGACGGUGGAUUUUAUUUUGCAUGUGCUGCUGCGAUACUAUGAGUCGCCAGGAAACCGUGAAGAAAAGACUUUGUAUACGCUGCAGACCAUGGGAACGUCCGUGUUGAUCGGUGGCGUUUCCACUUUCUUGGGAACACUGCCCUUGGCUUUCAGUACGAGUGAAAUCUUUUACACAGUUUUUGUCUCUUUUAUUGGCCUCGUUACGUUGGGUUGCGGGCACGGAUUGAUUCUGCUGCCGGUGCUAUUGUCAACAAUUGGACCAGAGGACCAAAUUUGGGAAGUAGAGAACCGCGCUCCAGCGACCGAAAUCCACGAAGCCUUGGUCACUUUUCCGGCGAGUGAAGAGGACAAGGUAGGAAAGGAAUUGGAUACCGAGUGAGCGCGUGCGAGCUAGUCCAGUUGUGGGCGCUAGGUUUGAGAAUAUUUGUAUAAAUUAAACACGACAGACAGAGACACGGGCCAUGAAUAAUGCCAGCAUCCUACAGUAGCGAUACCCCCAUGUUUGCGUGUAAUUUUGUUGUCACUGCGCUUCAGUGAAAUCGGCUACACGGAAGGAAUCCGAAAGACGUUCAGUGUAUACGCCACGUAGGUAUAGUACCCCGCAAUACUGGUCAAUUCCACCAAAACCGAGUCUUUCCCGUCCAAGGCUUUCUUAGUGGCAGCGUAGGUUUCCUCGGACACGUUGUACGUGUCCAACAGUUCGGCGGUAAAGGUGGCAAUCGCCCGGUCUCGAUCCGUCGUCAAGAAUGGCCAAAGCUUGCGUUGCACCGCAGCGACACUAAAGUCGUCAUCGCGUGGAAUGGCGUCGACAAGUUCCCGUGACCAUCCCGCCUUGAGGGCUUCCCCCACGUGUAUAUCGAAUUCGGCGUGCGACCGUGUUUUGGCGCCCGUGAGGAGUAUCACGAGUUCGGAUUCGGCGAAUGUAAGGGACGUGCCGUACCGACACGCCCGUCCCAGUGCCUGGGCCGGCUGUGCAAUGUCCGGGACGGCCAACCAGGGACCAAAGGGACCGGACAAUCCCGUGCGGGGCCGGGAUUUAAGAAUGCCGUGACGAAUUUUCUUUUGUUGGCGAGUCAGUUGUUCGACGGGUGGUCCCGUGUAGCGCGGAACCAAGUCGCGGGACGUGUUCUCCCAGAAGGUAGACGACUGGUGGAUGAAUUGAGAGGGUAUUGUCAAGAGGUAGGCACCGUAGAUGGCGACGACGCCGACACUGGCAGUUGUAGCCCACGAACCCAUGGCGAGACGUCUUUUGGGCGUGUGAAGGGCUCGCUGGUCUACAAGGGUGAUGACCAAACUUUUUUUACUC